AUGAGCGGUCUUGCGAGUCCAAACAAUCAACGAAAGCAAAGUAACGCCUCAGUUGACCUGUCUGAACAGUCAACUCCGAGAGGAACCAAACGAGAACACGAAGAUGACGAGGAACUUGACUCCGGCGAGGACGAAACUGGAAGUAAGAGUGAGAAACGGGCCGGUCGUCGUAAAAUAAAAAUCGAGUAUAUCGAUGACAAGAGUAGACGCCAUAUCACAUUUAGCAAGCGAAAGGCAGGAAUAAUGAAGAAGGCAUACGAACUUAGUACCUUGACAGGGACUCAAGUAUUACUUCUGGUUGUAUCAGAAACGGGUCUGGUGUAUACAUUUACCACCCCGAAGCUUCAACCUCUCGUCACCAAACCCGAGGGGAAGAACCUCAUCCAGGCUUGUCUGAACGCCCCGGACACACCAUCGGGACAAGAUUCACCUAAUACGACACGUUCUGCGCAAAACUCCUCCGUAUACGGCAAUGAUAACUCACCGUCCGUAGACAAUAACAAUAGCAAUGAUGCCUACGAUAGUGACAGAAAGCCUCAGACACCUGGAAAUCAGAUGUCACAACCUCAACCUUAUACCCUUGGUUUGAACCCUUAUAACCAAUACAGUGGAAUCGCCAAUGGCAUGACAUUGAGCACCAGUGGUAUCGCCGCACCGCCAUACAUGUCCACUGGCUAUCCGCAAUACAAUCAACAAGCUCACCUGAAUCAAUACGCAGCACCGAGUAAUGCGUACAUGCCAUCUACAGGAUACUGGCCUGCGAGCGCCACGAACGGCACCAAGGUACCACAAUAUCCAAAUCAAUCUCCCGAAAAGAAAUGA